AUGCCGUUGUUAUUACAAAUGUUUGCAGAUUCGGUUCGCACAGACACUGUUAGACAAAUACGGCAAACAAAGGGCAAAUCAGGCGAUCAGUGGUCGGCUGGGUGGACACAUGACGAUGGCGAUGAAGAUGACGACAACAACAACGACGACGGCGAUAACGAUGAAACCGACGAUGACAAGAACAGUGUUGAUGCUGUGGCCUGCUAG